CCGUUUAUUUAAUCUGUCAAUCAGGAGAUAUUAGCAGUAGCACAUAGCAUGUGCUCCAGUUCUCCAACCCGAUCUAUACAAAAUAAUGUUAGCAUGCAUAAAAUGUUAUGAAGGCGUAAUAGCAACUCAAAUAAAAAUAUCCAAACAUCUAUCAUUAAUACAGAAGGAAAAAUAAACAUUUGGACAAUAUAAAUGAAAGGAUUAUAAAACUUGCCUCUCCUCAGUGAAAUGAAUAACAAAAGGGAAGAGGAAAUUAAUAACUUAAUAUUUAUAAUAGUCCUGGAGAAUACUGAACAAAAGAAGAAAGUAAGGUGGAGCUGGAGGACCAAACCUCUUAUAGUAGACACAGAAGAACACAAGAACUGUCAAGUAUAAGCGGAAAAUACAUUAAAGAACACAUUUUGUGUAAAUAUACAACUAUUAAUAUUGACCCAGUUGCAUAAGGGAGCGACUAAAGUAUCGGGAAAAAGUGAAGUGGACAAAAGGAAGUUGAAAGAAUCCAACAAAAAUUUGUAGCAAAUAUAAUUACUAAACUUUGAUCUCAUAAGUUCUUUAUGCCAACAAAUCUAAUUUUAAUUUUGUAUUUGUUGGUGUAUUGCUUUGAUAAUACCAUUUUUUUAAAGCAAAAUUUAUAUUUCUGUUUUUCUUGACUUUGGCAGUUCCUACAGCCUUCUAUGUAACAUAAAUCAUAGUUGAGGGAGGGCUAAAAUAUUUUAUUUCUACAUCCUACUUGUCGAAAAAGGUUAAUUGGAGGGUGGUAAUGCGGAAUGUAGUGCGUCAGUGAGAGAAAAAACGAGGACAGAAAGAGAUACAAUAGCCUGUCAAUAGAGAUUUAUCUUUUCUGCUCUAAUUCACCUGCAGCGGAAUAGCAUACGUCGAUACAUCCUCUCUCUCUCUGUUCUCUCUCUACCUAUCUCUGUCUCACACAAACACGCGCCGUGGCCGUGAGUUUCAUAUGCGUUCCACCUCGCGCCAGCGAGUGGCCGCCUGGCUACUCGCGCUGCCGUUGGGAAGAGGGAGAAACGAAUGCGCGCGCCGUGGCCGUCUGGAAAUGAUUUCGUUUUGGCUGCUUUGCUGGAAGCUGCUGAGAGCUACAGCUGGGUUUAAAAGAACGAUACCUGAACUGACGGACAGAAACCACGACAACAGCCCCUCCUCCAACAACAAUCUUGCCUGUGACUUUUCUACGCUUGCAUACCCACGGAAUCUGGUUGCCAUGGAGAUUAGUCCCUCAUGUACAGCAACAGACCUAGAGACAGAUAAUUUCUUUAACUGUGGCAAUCAGGAGUUACAGGUACUCCCAGAUCCAAAAGUUCCAAAAGUGGAAGCAGUGGUAGAAAACAGAAAUGAGAAAAGAGAUGAAUGUGACUACCGUUAUUUUAUAACUGAAGAGGAGAAGGAAGUACAGGAAGUACAGGAUGACAGUGAACAAGAGGAGGAAGAAGAUGGUGGGAGAGUAAAAACUGAAAGGGAAGAUGAAAGAAGAUGGGAAGUGGAAGGACAGGAUGGUCUAAGAAUAGACCUAGAAGGAGAUAUUCAACAAGGAAGAAACAUAGUUGAGCACAGAGGGAGAGUAGAGGGGGAAGAUACACAAAAAGAGGAAUCAGAAAAUUAUAUUCUGGGGAAAAGAGAAAUAGAAGGGGCGGAUGAAGGUAGAGAAGGCACAGAUAAAGUAAAUAUAUGGAUAACAGGAAUUCUGGGAGAAAUUAAGCGAGAUGCUUCAUCAGAUCAGAUUUUCGUUAAUGAAAAUUCACAAAGUUUGUUGUCUGAACCCUCAGUUAUCGCUUCAGAUCCAACAGAAUCCACACUACAGGAGGCCUGGAGACAUGACUUAGACAACAGAGAUGAUCUCAGUGACCGCCUCAAAGCAGAGCUGGCUGUUGUGUACUCAGACAGUGAUGUUGGGGAGGACCAAUGGCUAGCCUUAGCUCAUCGUGAUGAGACUGACCAUUCAAAAGAAAACAGAGAUUAUGCUGAUGACACAUGCAUUGCACAGAGCAUGAAGGAUGGUGAAGUGGAAGAAGUACAAACUGAUGUGUUGAAGUUGGAAGAAGGAGAGGUGAAUAAGCAAAAUGAGAAGAUUAAAGUCAUGGAGGACAGUGAAGAACAGAUGAAGUCAAGAAGAGAUCUUUUCCUGCACUCUCCUUCGGUGAGCUCCACAGCCAGCUCAACCGACCCUGAUAGGAGGAUUCCUUUAGAUUUCUAUGUGCAACAGGAGACCCUCAGUGAGAAAGUCUCUACUGAGCAUGUGGACUUUUUGGUUGCUCGCCAGCAGUGGAAGAAGAUGGAGGAGGAGGUCAAAGGUCUGCCCAUCCCCAAACCAGGACUUGGAGCUAAGGGGAGCUUCCAAGGCACCCAUUCUUCUUUGUACCCCCCAACUCGAAGCCCCCGUCUCAAACACAGGGAAAUUCAACCCCCCAUGUCCAAAGAACCUCCUCUGUCCUUCACCCUGUCCCCCGGUUCUGAGGACUCAGGCUUGGAUGACUCUUCAUUUCGCAGCGUUCUGGAGGAACCAGAAAAUUCUGUGGAGAGGGAGAUCCGACUGACAUUAGAAAGAGAAGAACAGCACCAAAGGGAGAGGGGAGUGAUUGCUCAGGGCCUGACGAUACCUAGUCUAUACACCCUAGGGACAGAAGGAUCUGUGCCAAGACCUCCAGUCUUUCGUACCCCUACUCUGUCCAUCUCUCCAUCCCCCCCCUGCUCCUCCUCUCUCCCCCGAUCAAUGUAUCAUGAAAUGACAGCCAAAAACGUCAUCAUUCUUGAACCCGACUCCUCUGGCUCCAGCUCCAGGAACAACCUACUCUCCUCUGCUAUCAGUGGCCUCUCUGAUUGGUCUCCCAGUCUUGAUGUGGCACCCUCAGAAAAUGUCAUUGUGGUGGAGACCUCCAAUUUGAUCAUUCGCAGUGCUUCUGAGUUUUGCCUGAGUUCUGGGCCUCCGCCUGUAGAGACACAGGAGAGUACUUUCUCUUCUAAUCCAUUUUUCAAGUUGCGUUCCAUCAGCAGUCAGUCUCUAGUGGAGCAAGAGAUCAAGAUGGUGAGGCAGAGAGAAGAGGAGUGGAGGAGGCAAAGGGAGGAACUGUGGCGAAGAAAACAAGAGGAAGAGUGGAGGACAGGGAGAGAGCGGUAUGACACUGUCCUGGUGUCACCAAGCCUAAACGAAAACAUCACUUUCAGUGUGCCAGUGGUUCCAGACAGAUCUGUUUCCUCCCCAUCAUCGCCUUCCAGACCACGGAAAAUGGAACGCUCUAGUUUGUCUUGUGACCACAAGUUUCCCCUUUCCCUGUCUUCAGUUCCACGUCGUCAGAAAGUCAUGGCACAGCGGUGGGAGGCCUCGCUCUUAUCCAAUCAGAAGAAGGAGUAAAUGGAAAGAGUUUUUAACUGUUGGCUUUUUUUAAAGCCAUGAUUGCUUUUCUUUGUUGCACCCAUUAGGGCAAAAUGAACUUGUCUGCCAACGGCAAAUUUGGAUUUCAGUAUUUGUCAAAUGUCAAUAUUUGUUAAAACCCAAUGUCUGUUUGUUGUUUGUAAAAUGUCUGUUGCUAAAAAGCACAAAGGCAGAGGAAUGUAUGGUGGCUUCUAGUAAGAUUUGUUAAAAAAAAAUGUGGAAAUGUACCUGUUUUUGCUUUCCCUAAAGACUGUUUAGAAAGUGCUUGUAACAUUGUUUUACUGGAUGAUGUAUGACAUACUGUUCAGUUCUUUUUCUUUUUGACAUACUGGCCUGUUCAGAUUUCAAAGAUCUCCACAGAGCCGGCCUAAGGUUGUAUGAUGCACCAAAUAACUUUUAAUUUGGCUACUCUUUGGUUACCGCCUAGAAAUUUGUAAAAAAUAAAUAAAUCACAGCAAUUAUGAAAACUUUGCAGAAUUUCUGCUAAUGUGUAGAUUUUUGAAAAAACAUUAAUGUCAAAACAAAUUAAAGUUAUUUAACGGAACACUGAAAUAAUUUGAAAAUGUACUAAAUCAUAUAUGUAGCUUAAAAAUAAAAUAGUGUUUUAAAACUGAAUUUCUGGAGUCAUGUAUGUCCAUCAGUUUAUGUUUAAAAAAAUUACUAAAAAGUCACUAACUAAAUAAAAAAAAGUUUAAUAUAUUUACUUAUUUUUACAUAUGGGCUUAUAAGUUGUUUUAAAAUUGUCUGACUUUUUAGUUUUUAAUUUUUUCCUUUAUUUAGUUAAAAGGUCAUACUGAUCAGUUCAGAAUAUGACAUGUUAAAAAAUAAAAAGAGGGCAGAAAAUACAGAAACUUCAAAAAGGCAUCCAGGUUGCAAUCUUUGUCCAAUACAACAAGGUUAUUAAAUUCUUAAAAACUGCAACCUGGUUUUGAUCAAAUAUGAACUACAUGCUGAUAAAGCUUGUGUCUGUUUUACAAGCCACAUAACAGAAGAUGUUGGAAAACAUUAUCUAACAAGCUAUUUGGUUGAUUAAAAAAAUCAUCUCUUGUUAAAGCAAACACAGUUUGAUCAUUAUAUUUUAACAAUAACCCCAAAUUUCUUUAACAUGCAUGAAAAAAACAAAACAAAAAGUGUGUGUUGUGUGAAUCAGUCACUCCAUAUGAUUUAUAAUGUGAUAGCACUUGUGCAUGGUUAACAGAUUUAAGAUUUUUGAAGGUUUUAAGAGGAAUUCUAAUUCUGAGAGCUAAAUACUCACUGAGAAGAGAACAGGAAUGAUGUAAAAGAAAACUUCUUCUUAGGAAAAGUAAGUAAUUAUUACUUACCUCCAAAACUGUGUUCUGAGAUGGAUCGAUCUAGAGUGGAGGGCCUAGUCAGCUACUUAAUUUGCUUCUUCAUGUGGCCGGCUCUGUAUUCCUCUACUAGCAUUGGCUAUAAACUUGUAUAACUUCAAAUAUUCUACAUUAUGCUACCUUGUGUUUUUCUUCUAUUUAAUUGUCACAAACCCUUAAGUAGCCUAUGUUAUGGAUUAUAAAACCUGUCCAUCAUGUAUUUCUUCAGUUUAUUGAACAUAAUUUACUGUAAUACAAUUUUUAAUUGUUACUGUAGUACCAAUGUACUGUAAAUUUUUUCAUUUAAAGUACAUUUUCUGUGUAGAAACUUUGCAGAAACUUGAUUAGCAGAAAGAAACGUAAUUUUUGAAAACCAUUGCAUUUCAAGUAUAAGGCUUUGAAAAUCACUGUCUGAAUGAAGUACUCACAUGCUAGAGUCAGCGAUUAAUGGUUUUUUUCCUCAUUUCAAUUCUAGCCACUCAGAUACCUCUUUCCUGAGACCUCACCAAAAGCAUGUCCAGAUUUUAGGACUGGUUUUGUUUCAUAGCAGUGUUUUCUCAUGAGCAUAAUUAGAAUAACAAUGUGUUCAGUUGUAAGCUAACAAGGCUCUUUAAAUGUUUGUCAAAAUUGAUGCUUCAGGUUCAGGAUGCUAGCGUCAGCAGAAGCAAAUAAAAGGAAGUUAAAAAACAAAUUCUGAUGAUAGUUGAGUUAAUCCCGCAAAAAAAGUUGCAGCCUGUAAAACUGUGUCCAUCUGUGGCUCUACAAAGUGAGCAAGUGUUUAAAGAAACCAGUAUUCUAACAAAUAGGUCUACUGAAGAUUUGUACAGUUUUUUUUUUUAUCUCCUACUGUGUUCCUGUAAAAGAGAAUUGAUGUAUUUUUGAUGCAUAUGUUUAUUAACUGAACAAUACUUAUAAAUGCUGAAGACCUUUUCAGUUAUAAAAGUUUUAUUCUGACCUUAGCAAUGAGGUUUAACAAUGUGAAGUCCUGUUUAUUUUUAGGAAACUCUAAUGUGUGGUGUGUACAUGUUUCCAUCUGGUCACUAUCUUACUUUAGUUUAGUUUCUGCAUUAAAUCUCCACAAGCUUAUCCGCUAGUUUCUGCAAUGAUCUCAAGUUAGUCUGAAGUUUAAAGUUGUAACGAGAUCAAUAGUGAUCACCAGGAUGUAAUGAAAUAGUGAUGGGUUGAUCAGUGCAGCUGUUUUUAGUCCAGCAUUCAUGCUCUCGCCAUUACUACGUUAAAUAGCAGGUUUUAAUUACAAACGAUUAACACACAUCCCAUAUAAUAUUUUCAAACUCAGACAGAACAGAUAUUGUAAAUUAGAACAGAUUAAAACAUCUAUCUAAUACGCUCAAGAUUUUCUGAUUAGUUUUCUGCUUAUGUUGGCUAGAAUGAACUUGAAACUUUUUAAAAUGAGUAUAUGUGACCUACACACUUUUAGGAACUUGGUCUAAUAUGAAAAACUCUACUGAUUAGACUAAUUUUGAUUAAAUCGUCAAUAUUACAUCUAACUUAAAAUGCUCCACUGAUUAGGCUGUACGUUGACUAAAUCAUGAGUGCAAAAUUAACCAGAUUGAGGCCUACUGAAACCAAACAUAAUCAAUCUAAUAUUGCACACCUUAUAUAACAGAGUUCCUUGCAAAACAUUCAUACCAACUGGGCAAUUCCACUUUUGCCCAGUUGGGCAAAAUAAGUACUUAAUAAGUAUGCUCUUCUUCAUACUUAUUUUACUUAUUAAGUAUGAAGAAGAACAUGGAAGAAAGUGCUCUUGUCAGAUUACAUCCUCACUGAACUUUUUGGCCUACAGGCAAAAUGCUAUGUGUGGCAGACAACUAACACUGUCACACAUGUUAGGGUGGUAAAUACACCACCCUCACUAAGAAAAUGAUGGUAGCAGCAUUGAACUGUGGGAGGCUUUUCCUCAGCUAAGGCCAAUCCUGAGGAAAAAAAUCCUCUCCUCCCAAUUUGACUGAGCUUGAUAGUUUGCAAAGCAGAACAGAGAAAUAUCCCCAAAAACUUUGAGCUGUAAUUGCAACACGUGGUGAAUACAAAUGCACACAACAUUUUUAUGUUGUUAGCAUAAAAAAAUUGUUAUAAUUUUUUUUUCUUCCUCUUAUUAAGUAUGUAUAACUUAAAAAUAUUUCCAACAUCAAUCUCAGAAGUCUGAUUUUUUUUAUUUUUUUGAGAAAACUAGGAUUAAGUCAGAUAUCUUUUUUUUUUCAGUGGCUCUUCUAUAACCAGGCUGUUGUCUGCUGCAUUAAAUCAUUGCUAAAAGUACUGAAGUCUGUGUCUGUGCACAUUCAUGAAAUGGUCAUUACUCUAUCUUCUGUUUUGGCAACUUUAUUUACCCCACGCUGUACAUAUAUAUAUAUAUAAUAUAUAUAUGUAUAUUUUGGAAUUGUUCUCGCUACAGCAGCCCGACAUGGUCUAGUAUGGUAGAGUUUCUUCUUCUGCUACUUCUUCUGAUGCUACUUCCGUUACCAACUGUGAAGUAAUAUGCAGCUCAAAUUCUGUAGAACUACUGCGCCUGAACAAAAAUAACUUGACACAAUGUUUUAAACAAUAAAAUUGAUUAGAUAAAUAAAAUAUGUUAAAUGAAUUAAAUGCUCUCUGUUUUAUCCAUAACUUAAAAAAAUGGUAAUAAUCUAAAGAAAAUACUUUCAGGGUGUAACAUGACAAAAUGACUGUCAAUGUGCAUGAAAGGCCCUGUAUUUCUUUCUUUUUGCUGUUUAUUUUUUAUUCAAGUUAUUUUUUAAAUAGGUUUUUUAGACACGUAAAUGUAAAGUAUAGCAAACAACUCAGAACAUCACUAUAAGAAACUAUUUGUUCCCAUCUAAACCAAGUGCUUUGUUGUAGAUCUUAUGGUACUGUCGCAUUUGUGACAGAUUUCACUUCUUACAUAAUUUUCUGAAGAGCAAAUUGCCCUUGUAGCAACAUAGUCUGACCCACACAACACUGCUGUUGCAUCAGACAGGAAAUGGGACUAAACUGUUACAUGCUUCUGCAGCACAGAGAUAAUUGGGAGUUCUCCAUGAGUACCAACAGCUUUUUUUCUUUGAUUUCACUUGGACAUGUACCCAAAGGAAAAAAUCUACUCCAAUGAUUCUGCUAUUCGUUGUUGCUUCGAACAAUUCAAAUUCAAAAAUACUUUAUUAAUUCCAAAUGGAAAUAAAGUGCAAAAACAUGAGCAUCUUAUUUGAUAGCAUGAAUUACACACUAGUCUACUUAGACUGAUGCCAUAUAAUUUCAUACCAAUGGACAAAUUAUAUAUAUUCAUUCAAUAAAGUUUGUAAUUUUAUAAUUUCUGACACCAAUUUUAAUCUUUUAAAUUUCCUUUGUUAUGGAAUUACAAUAUCAGAUGUUCAGUGGGGAAGAAACCUGACUGACUGUGAAAGGCCACUGUUUGGAUAUAUACUAUGGACCCAUAUUCAUUGCUCUUUUCCUCAGUGAUAUUAUUUAUUAAGUGUACUAGAACAACUUGCCUUGAGUGUCAGUUAUUUAUUAUUGCCAAAUGAAAAAAUGUUUGUCUGAUGAUAACAUGUUCAAUAAAGUGUGCAUCAUCUGA